AAAAUUUGUAAAAAUAAUAUUAAACACAGACUUCUUUAGAAGGUAAAAUAUGAAGAAACGAAGACCUUUUGCUAAGAUUCACUCUUAUUUAUUAGAGAAUUCCCAGAGAUCUCUACGCAAUCAAUCUUUAUUUACAAAAAGUAAAAGUCAAUGUGAAUUGAAGCGGCAUCGUUUACAGGGAGAAGGAAAAAUUUCAAAGCAGAAAAAAAAUAUUACUUUAAAAAAUGAUGAUUUUGAUUCUUUAGAAUCUCUCUUCGACUUGAGAAAGCCAUUAACUUUACCAGAAAUACAAUCAUCUCUAUUAAACAAUUAUCCAACGACAGAGAAAUUUAUUAACUUGUCAUUUGACUGUUCAAGUUUACGUCCUUUAUUUUUGAAUAAUUGCAUAACUUCUGAAUUCGAACCAAAUAUUAUUCCUGAGUCGAAUCACUUGGAUGCUUUAAAUGAGAGUGUGAGAAAAAUAAAAGUCUAUGCAGAAGUACUAGAGAAUGAUGCAAGUUACUCUUUAAAAUCCAGUGAAAAUUCUUUCGUAUUCACCUCAAACUCGUUGAAAAAAAUGGAAAGUAAAGAACAAUCUGUUGACAUACCUGAAGAAUUGACAGAAAAUGUUGAAAAUUUUGAAGGAAUAGAAGAAGCUCCGAAAACAAUGAAUGAAAACUCUGUGGAGAAAUUGUCAGAGGCAAUGGAGUUGGAAAAAAAUGAGAAUGAAGAUUUAAUAGAGCUCAAGAUACUAGCACCAGAACAUGCUAUGCCUCAAAACUUGGGUGAAGGGAUUCCUAUAAAACCCGGGCAGAAUCGAGAUUCAAUUAUGAGUGCUAUUCCAUUUACUGACUCAGCAGUCCUGAACGAGAUGAAUGGUGCAUACGAGAAUUGCGUUACUAUCGAAGAAGAAAUAGAACAAUUAAAAAAAGAAAUGCUUGAGCUUAUCAAUAAAUCUGACUUGUCUCAAGAAGAUACACUCUUGUUAUCGGAGAAGCAGGACAAUAUUAAUACGAAAUUAGCUCAACUUGACGAAAUGACAAGGAAAGUCCAAAGAAUAAUAGGCCUCAGUGAUCCAUCCAGUUACACAUUUGCAAAAAUGUUCGAAAUGCUACCUUAUCCCCAUAACAAAGAACCUGAAGAAGAGAAAUUCGUAGAUAUGUUAGAAGUUAAUGAAUUCGAUGUACCGAAAACAGAGUAUCCGGAAGACAAAUUACCGAGGGUUAUUAUUUGUGGCAAUACCGAGGACUGUAUUCCAAAGAUAGUAGUCGCAGAUAGUCAGUGCAAAAGACCGGGGACAACACAUUUGGAGAAUCUCACUGGGAAGUUAAGCGAAUCCUUAAUUAUGCAAGAAAAAUUGGUCAAAGAAAAUGCCAAGCUCGAAGGUGGAAAGUAUAAAUUGGAGGAGGCUAUUUUGGAGAAAGACAAUGCUGUAGACAUUCUGCAACGCAAAGUAUGUGGUCUGCAAGCUGAAAUGCGAAUAAUCGUCAAAGAGAAUAGUGAACUGAGUCGUCAACUGAUCUGUCUGAAUGACAAAAUUGCUACACCAUCCUGCUGCUACUCUUGUCCUGGAGGUAGUGUGUCGUCGCCCUUGUUGACAGCAGGUUUACCAGAAAACCCUUACAAUAGUAUAACCCAACUGAAUGACAGAGCCUGUUACUGCAGAUUUUGUCUCGAAGAUCAUGUUGGAGACUGCUUGACUGGUGCAUCAAGACUUUCUGGAGGCGGUGUAGAUGAACAUUUGGAAAACAACAUAUUAAGAGGAAACAUGUCUUGUCUCUCUCCCUGCGAUACAAAGGCUUCUGCCUCACCAAGGCCUUUGUCCAGAGGAACGUGUCCUGCUGAAUUGAGUAACAUUUAUGGACAAAACACAAAGAAUUUAGAAGAGCAACUGGGCAAUAUAGAAAGUGAAGUUCGUACAAUGCAAAUGGAGCUAAUAAAUGUCCAGCGUGAAAGAAAUCAAUUGGAUCAGCAACGAAAACUCUUCAAAUGUGCAGGUCCUUGUGUCCCAUGUUCUUGCAAUCCAACUGCUGCCGAACCAAUUUCUAAAGCUUUCCAAUCACUAAAUACUUGUGCUCCCUGUGCGCCCUGUGCGCCGAGCCUUCAAAAUGGUGCAAAUACACUUUUGCCUACUAAAGUAACUAUUAAAUUCAACAAGACAAUGAAUCUUUCACAAGAUGUAAACCAAGGUUGCAGUCUUAAUAGUGUCCCAAGUGUGAGUCAAUGCAAUCAACAGCAGUUACGCGACUUAAAGGAACAAUACGCUCGUCUCCAAGACGAUUACAAAAGUAAACUUUGUGAAGUCUCUUGUCUUCGUUCGGAUGCAGAAAAAAUGAAACAAGAGACCCGAGACAUAAAAGAAGAAAAAGCUAAAACAGAAAAUAAAUUGAUUGACUUGCAAGAAAGGUUAAAGGUUCUAGAAAUUGAAAAAAACAAACUGAGCGGUAAUAAAGAGCAAAUGAUUGAACAAGAACAGGCGCUCAUAGUGGCGAAACAGAGAUUCAGAGAUGCUCAAGAUGAACUUGACGAAUUACGAUCUUUAACGCAAGAUCAAUCUGCUCAACUUGAAGAUUAUCGAAAUAAAUAUCUAAUGGCUCAGCAAAAAGUUGAAGAGCAGAGACAUCAACUUGACCUUAUGGAAUUGGAUAACGUUAGAAUGAAUGAAAAUGUAACUUUAGAAAUCGGACGCGUUAAGAAUCAGUUUCAAGACAAACUUGCUGAAUUAGCGCCCUUGCCUGACAUUCUAAAGCAAACUCAAUUGAAACUGCAAGAAUCUCAGCAAUUGCGUCAAAUAUCCGAGAGACAUUGUGAUGAUUUGUCUAGAGAAAUUUUUGAUUACAAAGAUAAAAUAGAAAGCAUUCAGAAGGAGAUGGACAUACUUCGCAGUGAAAAUAUUACUCUACAAGGAGAUUGUGGUGAAGGGUCAGGAAAAUGUGACGAAUUGGAAAAGAAAAAUAGCGAAUUAAGAACAGAAAAUGAUCGUCUCAAAAAUUCUUUAGUUAGAUUUGAAGAACAGGAAACUCAACUUAAAAAGUGUAUUGAUGAAAAAUUACACGAAGUCGCUCAAUUAACAUCUUUACUGGAACAGGUAAGAGAAGAUUCAGCAAGGCAAGUGUCGAGAACUAAAGAAAGAAGUGAAAUGAUGAGAAAAACGAUGCAAAACCAAAUAUCGGAAAUGGAAAGACAACUUGCCCAAUGUCGAGCAACAGCAAGAGCUGCACAGAAGGACAGAGACGAGAUCAGACAGAAGAUGCAGGGUCAAAUCAAUAACUUGAAUGAAGCCUUUAAACAUGCUCAGGGACGCAUUACGUCGUUGCAGGGCCACGUAAAUUACUUGAAAACUUCUUAUAGUAAUAUCUUUAGUGCACAAGGCCAAGGAGAGGCGGCUCCAGUCACAUUCUCGCCUGGCGAACCACAAACUACUGGUCAAGGGUUCGAUUCCUGCGAUUGCAAUUAUUAAUAUUUU